UCGAGCGCUUUUUUUUUACCAUUUCACUUUUUUUCUCCUUAACUUUCAAACUUUUCGGUUAUAAGAGCUAAAAGUCGUUAAGUCAUUUCUUUCCUAUUUAAAUUAUUUGGAAAUUACAAAAUUUAAUGAUGCCUACAUUAAGCCCACCGUUGGGGUCGAUCCUAAAAUGCCAUGUUUGUGUUUCCAAUGAGGGCAAAAUGUGGAAACAAGUUAUAAAUUGUUGUGCUGAAAAAUCAAACCAGUUAUCGGAGAAUCUGUUCCAGCUUCAGAAACUUAUAGAAAAGACCCAUAUGAGGGCCGAAGUUAUUUGCAGAGGAUGCAAGAUGCAAAGAUAUUGCAGCGUUUCCCAUCUCCUGGCGGAUCGUCCAGAACACCAGCCAAUUUGCAACGUGCUAAGGGAACUGCAGAGGUACAGAAAAAUUGAUCACCCGUUGCUGCUGGACGGAAAGAUCAACGAUCGUACGAAGCUGCAGUUGGUAAUUUCCCAGCUGAAACUCAUCCUUUCUGUCAAAUUAGGAAGACCCCUCUCUCCACGGGAGCACCAACUUAUCGGAAAUCCCGCCGUAUGCGAUGUCUGUUUCAGCAGCGAAGCCUUGGAAGACUGUCAGGGAUGUACCGGAGUGGCCUUCUGCUGUGCGGAUCACCGUCGUCUGGUCGAGAAUAAUCACUCCCCACAGGAUUGUCAAACGCUGGCUUUGAUCGCAAGUCCUUUUCGCCAAUUGGAUUGCUUUGUGAACAUCAAUAAUUUUCACAAUACCAGCAAAAUAAAGGAGACACAUCUAAUUGACGCUUUUUUUGAAGCCACCAACGUCAGGAUUAGCAAUACACCAUGGACUGAUUUGGAGUCGUUCCAGCUAUUCGCCACCUGUUCCUCCUUUAGCGGCAUCGCCAGUCUUUGCCUGGCAAUGACGCACAUUUUUUGGGUUCCAGAUCCAAAAAGAGCUGUCGUCGUGUACGUAGUCGGUGCCACCGAGAAGACUUUGAACUAUUUCCAGGAUAUGCACCUUCAGUUCUUAUUUCUACAGUUCGCAAACAUUCAACACAUUCAGUUGCACUUCAUUGGAAAAACACUUGGAAACAUCGGAGAAAUGGAGAAAGUCUUUCAAGUUAAGGACGUACAACGAACUGUGAUAGAACGCUUUUAUCCAUUGUCAUUUUCACAAUUUUCAUGCAUUUUUAAUGUGGAUCCUACCUUGAUUCUUAUACUGCAACCUGAUUUCAUCGGAGCUGGGGAAACUAUUCAGAAUAUGGUCGAUUUUAUUAAGAAACAGGAUGUUGAUGACGUUGACUGGCAAGAAGAUUGUCUGUCAAGUAUUCUUCGAUCUGUUGGCGUUCCCAUAUGCUACACUUCGAUCUCAAUGAUGCAAGCAAUGUCCGAUUUUACUGCUAUUGAUAGUUUAGCAAAGAAAAAUAAUAUUUCCAUCGAACGUGCUUAUAAUUUAACCGAAAAUCCCUACCGUGAGAUAUUACCACUACUUAAUCCUUGCCCAGUUGAUUGGGAAAGGAUUGUGUAUGCCAAUAACUACUUGGAGGUAGUCUUCACAAGUAUUAAAAAGUACUAACUAUAGAUAGCCAAAGACUAUAUAAACCUAAACAAGUUAUUAGUAAUUAAGCAAGUUCAAAGAUUGCCUUAUAGUAUACAGUACCAGUAUUAAUGUGAAAUAGUACACCUCUUUUCGUUUAUAAACAUAUUAAAUAUUAUUAAUUUAUCAAA